UGGGGGGGAGGAGGAAGAGGAGGGGAAGGGAUCAGCCCUAGUUAGCUUGCUUCCUUUCCUCACUCCCUGCCCGUCCCCCUGUCCCUCCUCGUUCAGGGACAGGCUCCACCCCCUCCCUGCCGAUGACACUGGAACCUCCUUAAGUUCUGUCUCGCCGCAGCUGUCUGUGGAUACUGAGCCGGCUGGCGCCAUCCCGGUUCUUUCAGAAAUAAUGCCCUCCCUUUAAAAAGAAAAAAGAAAAGCAAGAGAGAGGGAGAGGGAAGGAAGGAAGGAAAGGGGGGGGAAGGAGGAGGAGGGCAGGCGAGAGGUGGAGUGAAAUGAGGAGGACAAUUUGAGCCGAUCAAGUACUCCCUGGCUUUUCUCGUACAACUUUUCCGAGGGUGCUUAUGUAUUCAUUUUUUCUUCCUUUCUUGUCUUCCUUCCUUCCUUUCUUUUUGGGCUCCUCGCACAACGUAGUUUCUCCUUCUCCCCCUUUCCUUUCUCGUUUCUUCAGCAUGCUCUUAGAAAUAGCAUUUUAAAACGUCCGCAAAGUUGUUUUUUUUUUUUGGGGGGGGGCAACGUUUGCUGAUUUUUGAAAAGGGGGGGAGGAGGAGGAGGAGAGAUGCUCCCCGCCGCAAAAAACAGCACCCACCCACCAACGCACUCCAAAACAACCUAAAAAAAGAGGGGGAAAGAAAGGCGAGGAGAGGGGAAAGUAAUCUCUCCAACAAACUAGAAAAUCAAUACAAAAAGAAAAGAAAAGCGAACUUCUCACCGCCGCUUCUGCAGGUGAAAUUGGCCAAACAGGAGACUGUGCGGGAGGCGGUGUCUGUCUGUCUUUCUUUCUUUUUAAGCCUAAGAGAGGCAGAGAGGCGAGAGGGUAGGACAGCGCUGCGGCACAGGCUGAGCGCUCAGAGAUCCCUGCGGCCAAUUUCGCUGCGAGGCUGCGGAGAUCGAAAGAGAAAGAGCGAGAUGGUGCCUUCGCUUGGCGGAUAGGUGAUCGACCCAAGGCAGGCAAGCUCUCUCCGAGGAGAGGAAAACUGCUCUUGCCUCUCGCUGCUUGCAGACCCCCCCCCCGUCUCUCUCCAGCCACCCCCACCCAUUUUGGGGGAGACGGUUAUUUAAGCAACACCUUUUCCUUGCACCUAGACAGACACUUUCCAAAUCUCUCCUUCUCUCCAGUCCUUCGGGCGACUCACUUUGACGAACUUUUUUUUUGGGUGUGUGUGUGUGUGUGUGCGCGUGUUUAAUUAAUUCAGGUGUUGGCAUUUGUAAAAGUUAUUUCCCCAGCUCGGUGUCUCUUUUCCCCGCUCCAUUAAAAAAAAAUUAUUAUUAUUUUGCACGGGUGUGUGUGUGUGUGAGAGAGAGAGAGGGGAAGAGAGGCCAGAAAACCUUUGUUGCAACCGACCGACCCAAACCCCACCGCCACUGAUCGUGAGAACACGAUGGAAGUAAGCACGGAUCAGCCCCGGUGGGUAAGCCACCACCACCCGGCCGUCCUCAACGGGCAGCACCCGGACUCCCACCACCCCGGACUGGGCCAUUCCUACAUGGAUCCCACGCAGUAUCCUCUGGCGGAGGAAGUGGAUGUACUUUUUAACAUCGACGGGCAAGGCAACCACGUCUCUCCGUAUUACGGCAACUCGGUUCGGGCGACGGUGCAGCGCUACCCCCCGGCCCAUCACGGUGGUCAGGUGUGCCGCCCGCCAUUGCUGCAUGGUUCUCUCCCUUGGCUGGAUGGGAGCAAGGCUUUGGGAAGCCACCACAGCACCGCCCCUUGGAACCUCAGCCCCUUCUCCAAGACCCCCAUCCACCACAGCUCGCCGGGACCUCUCUCCGUCUACCCUCCAGCGUCCUCCUCCACUUUGUCUGCGGGCCACUCCAGCCCACAUCUCUUCACCUUCCCGCCGACCCCUCCCAAAGAUGUCUCCCCGGAUCCCUCCAUCUCCACCCCAGGCUCCACUGGGUCCAGCCGGCAAGAGGAGAAAGAGUGUAUUAAGUACCAGGUGUCCCUGGCCGAAACCAUGAAGCUGGAGUCUUCUCAUUCCCGAAGCAGCAUGGCCUCAUUAGGAGGGGCCUCCUCAGCUCAUCACCCCAUCUCCACUUACCCUUCCUACGUCCCUGAAUACGGCUCUGGACUUUUCCCUCCCAGCAGCCUGCUGGGGGGAUCGCCGACCGGCUUCGGGUGCAAAUCCAGACCGAAAGCACGUUCCAGCACAGGCAGGGAGUGUGUAAACUGUGGCGCUACCUCGACCCCACUAUGGAGGAGAGAUGGCACUGGGCAUUAUCUGUGUAACGCCUGUGGACUGUAUCAUAAAAUGAAUGGGCAGAACCGCCCCCUGAUAAAGCCGAAGAGAAGGCUGUCAGCGGCAAGAAGGGCAGGAACAUCGUGCGCAAAUUGCCAGACCACCACCACCACCCUGUGGAGGAGGAACGCCAACGGAGACCCCGUGUGCAACGCCUGUGGGCUGUAUUACAAGCUCCACAAUAUUAACAGACCCCUGACUAUGAAGAAGGAAGGCAUCCAGACCCGAAACCGAAAAAUGUCUAGCAAGUCGAAAAAGUGCAAAAAGGUUCACGACACCUUGGACGAUUUCCCUAAGGGCGGCUCUUUCAACCCUGCCGCCCUCUCGAGACAUAUGUCCUCCAUCAGUCACAUUUCGCCCUUCAGCCACUCGGGUCACAUGCUCACCACACCGACCCCGAUGCACCCGCCUUCCAGCUUGUCCUUCGGACCUCAUCACCCGUCCAGUAUGGUCACCGCCAUGGGCUAAGGUUCGCGCCCGAGAGAGAGAGAGACUGAAAUCUCCGCGGCGAUGCUUUCUUUCUUUCAUUUGUAAGUUCUCAGAACGAGAGGUACGUUGAUAAUCCUCGCCUUGUUUAGAGGCGAGAGCGCUCCCCCCUCCGCACACGAAUGGACAAGGGCACAGAAAGAAAAAUGAAAUCUUUAAAAGUUGGACGGAGGCGUAGAAACCAACCCGCCCCCCCCCCCCCAAGCAAAUGUCGUGGGGAGGUGCUUUUCUCAAGUGUCUUUUGCGUCAACCAGCCACCAAAUUUGGGGUCCCAUUUGUGAAUAAACCAUUCUGACGCAAGUCCACUCUUGAACUGGGUUUCUAGGGUUGUGAAGAAGAGGUGGCAGGCUGCCCUCCC